AACGCAGCCUGGUCCACGAAUGGAGCGCGAUGGGAGGAGCUUUGCCUCCCACCUUGCAGCUUUUUACGAAGCUAAGUGGGGAACUCAUGGUUUGCAAUGGAGAGCAUGCAGUCUUCUGGAGAAGGGACUGGGCUUUUCAAUAACACCACUUUUCUUUCUACGAGACCGCUUUAGAGAGGAAAUGAAUCUGGAUAAACUUGAUUAGGGAUCUCCAAGAAACAACACUAUCUGCUGCAGGACAAGCUGCGCAAUUCUCUCUCGCCUGACUGAGCGCCGCAACUUUGAGGAUGCCGGUUUUGGAAGGGAAACCAUCAGAAGACCAAGACGAUCAAAGUGGCCUGCCCAAACUGCCAGUCCCACCCUUACAGCAGACACUGGACAUGUAUCUGAAUUGUAUGAGACACCUGGUGCCUGAAGAGCAGUUCAGAAGGACCAAGACCAUCACAGAGAAGUUUCAAGAACCUGGAGGGCUGGGAGAGCUACUUCAGAAAAAGCUGUUGGAAAGGAAAGAGCUUAAAGCAAACUGGGUAUACGACUACUGGCUUGAAGAUAUGUAUUUGAAUAACAGAUUAGCACUACCUGUCAACUCUAGCCCUGCUAUGGUCUUCCCAAAGCAGAACUUCAGGGCUCAGAGUGACGCACUCAGAUUUGCAGCUCAUCUAAUUUCAGGUGUAUUAGAAUACAAAUGUCUACUUGAUGGACAUGCCCUACCAGUGGACUACGCCCGAGGGCAGUUGGCUGGGACUCCUCUGUGCAUGGAACAAUACUAUAGGCUCUUCACCUCCUACCGUCUACCUGGACCAAAGACAGACACCCUGGUGGCCCAGAAGAGCAGUGUAAUGCCAGAACCAGAACACAUCAUAGUGGCCUGUAAAAAUCAGUUUUUUGUUCUUGAUGUGGUGAUCAACUUCCGACGGCUCAAUGAGAGAGAUCUGUACACUCAGCUGCAGAAGAUCAGGAAGAUGGCUGAGAGUGAAGAGGAGCGUCUGCCUCCUAUUGGACUGCUCACCUCAGAUGGCAGGACAGAGUGGGCAGAGGCUCGCAGUAUCCUUGUUAAAGAUUCUACCAACAGAGAUUCUCUGGAUAUGAUCGAACGCUGUCUGUGUCUGGUGUGCUUGGAUGAACCUUGUGGCUUGGACAUGAGUGACACCAACCGAGCCAUGAUGAUGCUCCACGGAGGAGGAAAGAACAAAAAUGGGGCAAACCGCUGGUAUGACAAGCCCAUGCAGUUUGUGGUAGGUGCAGAUGGAUGCUGUGGUGUUGCCUGCGAACACUCACCUUUUGAGGGAAUCGUGUUGGUGCAGUGCACAGAAUAUUUGCUGAAGUACAUGAUAGGCAGCCCUUCCAAGCUGGUGAGGGCAGCCAGUGUGAGUGAGCUGCCAGCCCCAAGGCGUCUUCGCUGGAAAUGCUCGCCAGAAAUCCAAGCAUGUCUCACCACCUCGGCAGACAAAUUACAGAGGCUUGUUGAAAAUCUGGACAUGAACGUCUACAAUUUCUGCGGCUACGGCAAAGAGUUCAUCAAGAAACAGAAAAUGAGUCCUGAUGCUUAUGUGCAAGUAGCUCUGCAGUUUGCAUUUUAUAAAUGUCAUGGAAGACCUGUGCCAACUUAUGAGAGCGCAUCAAUCCGCCGCUUCCAACAUGGUCGAGUGGACAACAUUCGCUCUUCUACGGCUGAGGCCUUGGCAUUUGUGAAAGCUAUGACUGAUAAAAAGUCUAGUCUGACGGAUGCUGAGAAGAUGGAAAAGUUAUGGGAUGCUAUUAAGGCGCAAACCAAUUAUACGAUCUUGGCUAUCACAGGGAUGGCAAUAGACAAUCACUUACUUGGACUGCGAGAGAUAGCUAAGGAGCUCAACUUGGAGAAGCCAGAGAUUUUCACAGAUGAGACCUACAUCAUCAGCAACCAGUUCAUCCUCUCCACGAGUCAGGUUCCAACAACCGUGGAGAUGUUUUGCUGCUAUGGUCCUGUGGUCCCGAAUGGCUAUGGAGCAUGCUACAAUCCCCAGUCGGGCCACAUCAUUUUCUGUGUGUCCAGUUUCCGUGACAGCUCUGAGACCUCUUCAGAUAUGUUUGUGAAAGCUCUGGUGGAAUGCCUGGGGGAAAUGCAGGAUCUAUGCCAAAUAUGCAACACUCAAGCCAAACCGUGUAACUCCACAGAGAGGACAGAGGAUGCCUCCAAGGCAGUGAAGAAUGGUAGAAAGACAUAACACACCUGAGAAGCAGGAGACCAUCUGGGGUUUCUAACAUCACCUGCAUUAAUCUUUUGUACAAUGGGGUGCGCUGUGUAUUUUAAAUAUUGUGUCCAAACAUUGGUUUGUGGGUGUAUCAAAUAUAACUACAAGUAAUAUCUGUCUUUUUAUAAAGGAGAUGUUGACUGUGUGGACUAACAGGUUGAAUAUCGUGGCAACAAAAAGGAAAGCUGUAGGUUUCCAAAGAAAAUCCUAAAACUGAAUAUUGAGCAAAGGCCUUCAGACAACAACGCUGCAAAACUGCACACACUAAUACUCACCUAAUGUAUGUCUAUGUCGUCUAUGCUCACUUUUGUUUCUGAAACACCUGAUUGAA